UCAAUCAAAUUACGAUAUUUCACACCAGUAAAAUCAUUAUCAUUAUCAUUAUACAGAAAUCGGUAGAAGACAAAACAUUAUCAAAAGGCCAGCCUCAGCCCCGUCAUCGUCAUGUAUCAGAACCAAUUUAUUUUUUCACGUGAGCGCCGCCUCUUUGGGCGCCAGUGCCUAUUCCAGGACCGCAAUGAACUGAUGGUCAGUGUCCAUCCCAGCGGGCGGCUACGCCUGAAGUACAUUUUACGCGAUCCGGCAGUGCAUCCCACACAGCUCAGCGACCAGAUGGCCCUGAGCAUCAUGGAGACGGAGAAUGUGACCCACGAUCAGCACGGGAUGUACCACUACGAGGGCGGCUGGCCCAGGGAGGUGAACAUCAAUGACGAAGAGCAGACGGUGCGCCAUCGCAAGAAGGUGGAGCGCGAGGACAGCUGGGGCGAACAGGUCACCGACAUAAUCCGCUCCAUGAUGAAUGUGGCCGAGCAGAACAACGCCAUCAACAUUUAUCAGAACUUCUUUGCCGAUCUGAGCCCGGAGCUGGGCCAAGAUCUUCGCCAGCGCUUUACGGCGCGCGUGGUGAAUGUGUUCCACGACCUGUGGGUGCCACCGCGCCAAAUGAAUGUCGUCGACUGGAUGCCCAACAACGAGAAGCAGUUUAUGGCCCAAUUCACGAACCAAUAUCGCUUGCGUCCGGAUGGGGAGAAGCUGGUGCCAGGCGAUGCCUGGAAUGGCGGCGAAAAUGGCUUCUACAUCUGGGAGGUGAACAAUCCGCUCAAGCCGAAGCUCUUCUACGACAGCAACGAGGUGGUAUCGCGUGCCAAAAUCUGUCCCAAGGACGAGAACAAUCUGGCCGGUGGCACCUGGUCGGGCAAGGUGUGCAUCUGGAGCACCUUCAAGAGUGGCCCGCCGCUGCGCAUCUGUCCGCUGGAGACGGCCCAUCGCGAGAACACCAAGGCCCUCUGCUGGGUGCACUCCAAGUCGAACACAGAGUUCUACACGGGCUCCCUGGACGGCUCCAUCAAGUACUGGGACACACGCGAUCUCAUGAUGCCGGUGCACGAGCUGCUGCUGGAGCCGAUGCCGCAGGAGCGUCAGAGUCGCCAGAAUUCGCACGGGGUGAUGGUGCUCGAAUUUGAGUACACCAUUCCCGUACGCUUCAUCAUUGGCAGCGACAUGGGCUGCGUGUUUGUGGGCAAUCGCAAGGGCAUGACGCCCCAGGAAACGCUGCUCGCCCACUAUCAGCUGUUUGCCGGGCCCGUGUGCAGCAUCAAUCGGAAUCCGUUCUUCGUGAAGAACUUCCUGGUGACAGGCGACUGGCGGGCGCGCGUUUGGUCCGAGGAGUCCAAGGAUGGGCCCAGCACAAUGUAUUUCCGCAAGAAGACGCAGAUCGUCUGCGGCGCCUGGAGCACGGGCCGCUGUUCCCUUUUCGUCACCGGCGACAAGAAGGGAGUGGUGGAUUUCUGGGAUCUGCUGUUGCAUCAGCGUCUGCCCGUCUGUAGCAUCAAUUUUGGUUCACCCAUCAAGGACGUGGUCUUCCGCCCGGAGGGUUCACUGCUGGCCAUUGCCCUGGAGAAUGGCGAUACACAGAUACUCGUGCUGGACGAUGCCAUGAAGUCGGGCACCGGCAAAGAGAAGGCCCUCAUAGCAGCCAUGUUUGAGCGUGAGAUCAUGCGUAGCAAAAUCCUGGAGGCGCGCGUCGAGGAAAUGAAGCUGAAGCGUCGCACCCAAAUGCUGGCCGAGGAGGAGCGCGCCAGAAAUGCUGGUGAGGUGGCCGAAUUGGAUCUGGAGCUGGAUCCCGACAAUCCCGAUCAGUUUGUGCAGCUAAUCGAGGGCGAUGAUCAGUUCCGUCUGGCCAUUGCCGACUUCCAGGAAAUGCUGCUCAAUGUGGAGCGCAAGCGUUCGAAGCGUAACAUGAUCAUGGAGCGCACAGCCUUCGAGCAGUGGUACCUCGAGGAGAGUCGCGAACAUGAACCCUCAGUGGGCUCCCAGGAUACUGUUAACCCAGAGGAAACCAAAAAGAAGGCCAAAGAAGCACCCGAAGGCGGCAAAACCAAGUAGACACUUGGACACACAGGCGCACCUCUGGCACUCCCGGGGCCUACUCCACCGGAACCACACACUGAACCAAAAUGCUCAACGAGUCUGUCAUUUUUAUGGCGACUUUUAUUACGACCCCACACAAUUAGCAUUUAAGCAUUUAAGUAACAACCUUUCUGAAUUCACAUUUCUCCAAAGAAAUGAGGCUACAAUUAAUAUACGCACACAAAGCAGUUAGGGGAAAUUAAUUAUAGACAAAAAUUAAAAAAAAAAAUUAAUAAAGCUCUAGGACCUAA